UAACCCAAGAACUGUUUAUCUGAGCAAAUCCUUCCCGUGACUGCACUGGAGAUGAAAAGGGGUUAAAUCCCUUGCAAGAUUUCACCAACAUGAAGGAAUAUGUGUAAUGCCUACAACGGGUAACUCUUCCUGAAACAUGGCACAGUGACAAUCAGUGACAAAAGAGUGAGGCCAUUCAGGAUAAGAAGAUUGACCUUUUUGGGUGGCUACAGCUGAAGAUUGCUUUACAGAAGCCACUGGAAAGGUUUGUGAGUCAUGAUGCAAGAAUCUGGGACUGAGACAAAAAGUAAUGGUUCAGCCAUUCAGAACGGUGCAAGCAGUGGCAACCACUUGCUAGAGUGUGGCCUUCGGGAAGGGAGAUCAAACGGGGAGACACCUUCUGUAGACAUUGGUCCUGCAGAUCUAGCCCAUCUUCAGCAACAACAGGCUCUUCAGGUAGCAAGGCAGCUUCUGUUACAACAGCAGCAACAGCAACAAGUUAGCGGGCUAAAAUCUCCCAAAAGGAAUGACAAACAGCCAUCCCUUCAGGUUCCCGUGUCAGUGGCUAUGAUGACACCUCAAGUUAUCACUCCCCAGCAAAUGCAGCAGAUCCUCCAGCAGCAAGUCCUAACUCCACAGCAACUCCAGGUCCUGCUCCAGCAGCAGCAGGCACUCAUGCUUCAGCAGCAGCAGCUUCAAGAAUUCUACAAGAAACAACAGGAGCAGUUGCAGCUUCAACUCUUACAGCAACAACAUGCUGGAAAACAACCUAAAGAGCCCCAGCAACAACAGGUGACGUCCCAGCAGCUGGCCUUUCAACAACAGCUUUUACAGAUGCAGCAACUGCAGCAACAGCACCUCCUAUCUUUGCAACGCCAAGGUCUGCUAACAAUUCAGCCGGGCCAGCCCACCCUGCCAUUGCAGCCUCUUGCUCAAGGCAUGAUACCAAGUGAACUGCAGCAACUCUGGAAAGAGGUGACAGGUUCUCACCCAGCAGAGGAGGCUGCAAGCAACAACCACAGUAGUUUGGAUCUAUCAACGACGUGUAUCUCUUCCUCGACAUCUUCUAAGACCCCCUUAAUAAUAAACCCACAUGCCUCAACCAAUGGACAGCUAUCAAUCCACACUCCUAAAAGAGAAAGUUUAUCCCACGAAGAGCACUCUCAUAGCCAUCCACUUUAUGGGCAUGGAGUAUGCAAAUGGCCGGGCUGCGAAGCGGUAUGCGAAGAUUUCCAGUCAUUUCUAAAACAUCUCAACAGUGAGCAUGCGCUGGAUGAUAGAAGUACUGCUCAAUGUAGAGUACAAAUGCAGGUUGUACAACAGUUAGAGCUGCAGCUGGCAAAAGACAAAGAACGCCUGCAAGCAAUGAUGACACACCUGCACGUGAAGUCAACUGAACCAAAAGCUACCCCUCAGCCUCUAAACCUUGUAUCAAGCGUCACACUUUCAAAGACAGUGUCAGAGGCUUCCCCACAGAGCUUACCUCAUACCCCGACCACCCCAACGGCGCCAAUUACUCCGGUCAGCCAGGGGCCUUCUGUCAUCACUACUACAAGCAUCCACAACGUGGGCCCAAUCCGAAGGCGAUACUCUGACAAAUACAACGUGCCCAUCUCCUCAGCAGAUAUUGCGCAGAACCAAGAAUUCUACAAGAAUGCAGAGGUUAGGCCGCCCUUUACGUAUGCAUCCUUAAUUAGGCAGGCCAUUCUUGAAUCUCCAGAAAAGCAGCUAACACUAAAUGAAAUCUACAAUUGGUUCACACGGAUGUUUGCCUACUUCAGACGGAAUGCAGCCACGUGGAAGGGUGCUAUUCGCACCAACCUAUCCCUGCAUAAGUGCUUUAUCAGAGUAGAGGAUGAGUUUGGGUCCUUUUGGACUGUUGAUGAUGAAGAGUUUAAACGUGGCCGUCAUAUUCAACGAGGCCGUCCUCGAAAAAUCUGCCCUGAUGAAAAGUUUGGCAAGCUUGUUACACAAAGCCCUUCACUUAUUAAAAACAUGCAGACCAGCCACACCUACUGCUCACCUCUCAGUGCUGCUUUACAGGCUUCAAUGGCUGAGAACAGUAUACCUCUGUACACUACUGCUUCCAUGGGAAACCCCACUCUGGGCAGUUUAGCCAGUGCUAUGAAGGAAGAGCUUAACGGUGCAAUGGAGCAUGCGAACAGUAAUGGGAGUGACAGCAGUCCAGGACGUUCUCCUAUGCAAGCAAUGCACCCUGUGCAUGUUAAAGAAGAACCAUUAGAUCCAGAUGAAAAUGAAGGACCACUAUCCCUAGUGACCACAGCCAAUCACAGUCCAGAGUGUGAUCACGACAGAGAUUAUGAAGACGAAAAUGUAAACGAGGACAUAGAAUGAGUAUGUCUGUGGUCGGGAUCCUGUGAAUGAAGAUUGUGGGGAGGGAGGAAAAAAACACAUACUUCAAAAUUAGCUGUGAAUUCUCUCCCCUUUAUUGUACAGUCUGGAGGAUACUCUUGGUCCAUUUUGACAGCUAUAAAAUAUGUUAACUCUUAGUGCCAUCAAGUAUCCCAUUUGGGAGUAUUUUUGAUUUUUCUACUUUUUGUUGAGAAAAAAAAAAAGGAAUUUGUACUCUGUGCAUUGGAUGGACUUGUUUGGUACUUGGGAUUCCCUCUCACAGUCAACAUCAGUGUUGUAAAUUUAUUCAACUGAUUCGCUUACCUACUAUUUGGCAGCAGACUUUGGACUGUGGUUCUUCCAAUUUGGGACACUGAAGACAUCAAGCUGAGCAUGUACACAUAAACUGCAGAUCAAGCCUUUGCCCAGAUUUUAAGGAUUCCAAUGGACAACAUAUUUGCACAGUAUCGCAUGUUGAUUAUCACUGCCUUUACUUUUGGGUUUGUUUUUGUUUUGCUUCCAUUUGGGAUGGGGAAGUAAGUCUGUGUGUGUGUGCGUGUGUGCACAUAUGUAUGUGCACAUGUGAGUAUGUAUACAGAAUAGGGGUUAAAAGAAAAUUCUCCCCAACUUUUUAGUGUAUAGCUUUGAUUCCCCUCCUCCCCCACUUCUCCUACACCAUUUUAAGUUCUGACCUCAGGCCUCAGGAGGGCCAGGGCCUUUUGAGGCUUAAUGUUUUCUGUACUUUUGUGAUGAAUGUUUAUUAGGUGUUUUUAUUAUACAAAGCUGAAUGUCCUUUGAACUGUUUGUAGCUCUUUUUUCUGCCAUUCAUUCCCAUUUCCUUCAGAUGGCAUCACAUUUUCUUUGGCUUUGGAAAGCAUUCCAUUUGGGGCUAUGUCCCUCCCCUUUUAGGAAAAAAGAAAGUUCUCGUGUCGCUGCUCUAAUCCAUGUGCAAAGUUAUUUCCCAACAGAAAGCAAGGCAGUACUGCAAGAGUGAGAAUGAAAGGCAAACCAGCAGAGAAAUUGUGUAGGAUGUGGAGCAAUUUUAUUCCACAAAGCAGUAUAUGUUGUCGUCGUCAUUUUGGAGGUUGUUUUUAUUUUGCAGCAAUUGGUUAUUAGCAAACAUUACAAAAUGGAACAGCACAAAAAACCCCAAAAAACACCGUGAACAUGCAGUCCCAAUAGAGUUUAUUUUGUCGGUAAUAAAUUGUGCAACAUCAGGUUAUUCCCUUCAUAUUGUGAGUUUCUGGGCAAUCAGACACAUCUAGGGUAUCUAAAAUGACCAUAUUGCAUACCUAGACAUGUAUUAUGGUUCGCACUUGCAAAUAGGGACUGUAGAGCAGCAUUGUGUAUGGUGUUUGGUUUUUUAAACCAAGUUAAACAGUUCAAGGACUGCUAAGUAGCAUCCAUUUCUUUUGGCUAUUCAUUAGAUUUCAGGUGGAAACUUGUUGGGAAGUCAAGAAUGCUCACUAGUCAUAAAGUGUUAAUAAUUUUAACUGGGCAAAUUCUGUUAAUGCAGUUAAGAUCCUUAUGCAAUAGCACACCAACCAGUAUGGAGGGGGGAGGGAAUGAACAAUCAGAAACCUGUGAGUAAAUUGGCACUGAGGCUUCUGUUGCAAGGGAACAGUGUUCUUCAGAGCAAAUGCAUGCCGACAACUGCUGUUAAAGCAUCAGUACCCUUUAAUCACUGGACACGAAUCACUUCUUGUCCUCCAACCACUUCUCUGUAGCUCACUUAUUUAUGUUGGACUAUAGUGUUUUUUUUUAAUUUCAAAAGCCUUUCAGAUCUUAAUUUAUACUCUGCUUUGUACCCUCCCCACCCCCUAAAACUACCAAAGAAUAUUACACAAAGGUAAAUUAUGUUCUCUGUUAUAUGCUUUAUCUUAUGAAGCCAAAUAUCCUCUUAUUGUUGAUCAAAGGAGGUGAAAGAAUUUAGAAACAAAUGACAAGAUAUGGGCUAUGGCUAACCUGAGAAGGAAAAACUGCUCAAUUAUUAGGGUAUAAUUUAGAAGACCAAGUAGAUGGCUGAACCAAAGUUGUGUUUUUUAUUUGCGUUCCUUUUAUCGUGACCAAAUGAAUUACUGCAAUGAGAGAGCUUUUGAGGCUAAAGUUAGGGGACAGUAUUAAGAGGAGGGAGCAUCCAAAGGCAGCUUUCCAUCUUGAAGGGAAGAGGGGGAAAAAAGGAUAGUCUGUUUUCCCCCCAGAAAAAUUAGAGUAUCUGAGAAAGGUGAGGAGACAGUUCCAUAAUCUAUGGGGAACUUCCCGUAACUAACACUGGGCCAUCUAAGAAUAUCUAAUGAAAUUAUUUUAAUCCCUUUUAUUUGGUUGUUGGCCUUUACUAAUCCAAUUUACUUUUGUUAAAAGCCACUACCAGGACAAUGUAUUUUUAAAAUUUGUUUAUGCACACAAGAUUUUAGCAUGAUGGUGACUGUUGUUGUUCUCCCUCUUUGGUUAGCAUCUUUCACGUGGGAUAACACCCUUGUCCCCUUUGUAAGCUUUGAUACCACUUGAGUCAGUGGGAGUGUUGCCAGCAACUUCCGACUGGAUGCAGAUUGUGUUUUUUUGCUGACAGUUAAAUAUUUAAAGUCUUAACACUUUUUCCUUUGUUCCUUUCCCAACUUUUUUUUUUCCAUUUAGAGAAGGGCAGUCUGUAGUCACUUCAAACGUUAUCGAAACAAGCCUUAUUCAGGCAGCUCCAUGACGUGCAGGAGGUAGCCAGAUGGGAUCACAAGGAGGUAUCCCCUGUGCUUCAAAACUGAGUGGUUUUGCUGGUUAGCUUGGUAUUCAAAAGGGGAUAAAAAUCUGGUAGAUUAGUUCAUUCUCCGCAUGUGUAGCUAGACAUGAGUAAAGAUAACAGCAUGAGAAACUGUUAGUACGCAUACCUCAGUUCAAACUGUUAGGGAAUGAGUAAAUAAAAAAAAAUUAAAAAUACAUUUCACUCAGUUGCACUUAGUUGUAUGUCUUGCAUGCAUAGUCUAAAGACUGUAGCAAAAUAAUAAAAAAGAAAAGGAAAUUAAAAAAUUAGACUUACCAUACCAUGCAGGUAUCACUACCCUGCAGAAGAACCAAGAGAAAAAAAAAAUCUCAGGCUUUACAUCAAGCAAAUGCUAUUUUUUACAAAUUUCUGAUUCUGUGUCCCUUUGGAUAUAUUAAAAAAAUUGCUCUUAUAGGUUGGGGUUUAUUAUGUUGUACAUAUAUAGCCCAAAUGUGUCUCUGUGAUCCUUUUGUCUUUUUGGCGGGUGGGAGAUGAGGGUGGGGUGGCAGGGAAAGGUUGGAGGGGAAAGUCCUUUUUUAAAAAAGUCAUUCCUCAAAAGGAAUAAAUGCAUACCUGUUUGUCAAACCACCUUUUGCUUUCUGUGCAACUGCUUUAUAUUAACUAUUCUUUUAAAAUGCUUUUGGGGGAAAUCCUACUGUAUGUAAUGGAACUGCAGAAUAUGCUGCACAUGUAUUUUAUUUAGCUAUCCUUGCUUUAAGAGUAUUGGAUGACAUUUGCUGACACGUUGUUCUCUGGAUGCUUUGUUUUGGUUCUGCUAAGGUUCCCCCUCCUCCAUCUUUUUGGCUUCUAAAAUGUAACAUAGUUGACAGAUGAUUCCCCCCCCCCCCUUAUGGAUCGAAUGAUUUUUGUACAGGUUUUUGUUGUUACUUUAUGCUGUUCUUGUUUUUUUUAAAAAAAAAAUACUUUCCUCUUUCUCCACCUCCUUCUGUUAUCCUACCACUGCCUAUUUCUGGCUCUCUUAAAGAAAAAGAAAAAAAGUUGUUUCAAAAAUGUUUUCUCCUGCUGCAGUAAAUACUUUGCAUGAUGAAUUCCAAGGUCACACUUUCAAAGUUUAUCAGUGAAGUAGUGAUUAAUAAUGAGAGUGUCAAAAUUAUUGAACUUUUGUAUAAAAAAUACUUUACAAGGUGCCAAGAUGUAAAGACAAUUUGUUACAUUUUUUUUUCUUUUUUCUUAAAGGAAAGCAUACAUUAUGAAAGUAGUACCAUGUAUCAGGUAAACUGUUGUCAGGAAUGAGAGUCAAAGCCUAUCCCCCCCCCCCCCGCACAUAUGCUCUCUGUCUCUGCCCCACACUCUGUCACAAAAACAUACACAGCUUUACAAACCUAGUGGAGCCCACUUCCUUUCCCAGAUAAAUAAGUGAAUGGAUCAAGCCAGCACAGUUCAGAUACCUAAAAUGUACUGGAUUUCUUCAUCAGAAGUAGGAAGAAAGAUAAAGUUGAGGCCUGUGUUGGGGGGAGGGCGCUUUUUAUUCUCCCUUUGGAGAAUCCAACCAUAGUACCCAUAACUAGAUAGCAAGAUAGGACUCCGUGAAUGGAGAAGCAGAGCCCCAUGUGCUUCAGUGGCACAUCUCCCCCCUCUCUAAAAAAGAUAAUAUCCCAUAUGCAGCCCUUAAGGAAUGGAUGUGAUGGCUACCCCUAACAACUGUGUGGAAGAAAUCCACACAUACCUGUGUUCCCUUUUCUGUAUCAGGCCAGCACAAUUCAGAUACAUAAAACAUACAGGAUUUCUUCAUCAGAAGUAGGAAGAAAGAGAAAGUUGAGGCCUGUGUUAAAAGGGGGGGGGGUGCUUUUUAUUCUCCCAUAGGAGAAUCCAACCGUAGUACCCAUAACUAGAUAUCAAAAUAGGAGAAGUAAAUGAUGAGGAAGGGGAGGGGAGGGGUAUUAUUCUACAAAUAAUGCAGAUCAUUAGAUAUUUUAUAUAUAAAUAUAUAAAAGUUCUAAAAAACCAAUUUUUAAUUAUUGUAGUUUUCAGAAUGCUGAUGAGCUACAUUCCUUAUAGCAUGGAGAAUGUGUGUUAAACUCUUUUGAAAAGCCUUUGAUACUUUUUGGUUAAUGUAUUUGGACAGAGUUUUUAGAUGUUGCAGAAAUAAUUUCUCAUUCUUGUCCUGGAGAGUUAGCAUUUGCAGAUCUGUUCUCCAUCUUGAACUAGUCCAGAGUAGGUCACAGAAUUAUCUUCUUUCCAUAAGCCUUGAUGAAAAUGGUACAGUCCAGACUGUUAGCAUGGUGCUUCAUGUGUAUGUGCUGCCAAGUUUUUUUUUAAUCUUUUUUUUUAGGCAUACAAGAAACUCAUUCCUUAAAUCAACUGUAAUUCCAUCAUUCCAUGUCUGUUGAUGCAGACAAUAAAAUGUUGUGUAGUCAGUAAUUAUUACUGACAUUAUAGCAUUCUCUAAUGCAAUAAAAGUGCUGGUUGUUCACACUGGUGAUACAUGUU